GGGGGGGGCGGCGCCGCCGCGCGGACCCGGCGAUGCCGCCCGCGCGCACCGCCCAGGGGGCGCGGCUGGUGGCCCGCCGCGCCGCGCAGCAGGCGUCGAAGACCCUCAAGGCCGUCCUGGACGGGCCCGGGACGCCCGCUCCUGCUGGCUGGGGCGUCGACCUGGGCGCUGUGCAGCAGUCCCUGCCGCUGUUCCGGGCCAGCGAGCUCGUGGCCCUCGCGAACCACUUCGGGCAGCGCCGCGAGGUCGUCGGCGACAUCGCUGCGGAGGUCGCGGCGGAGGCGGGGAGGCGCAUCUGCCCGCGCGCGGCGGUGGGCGGCGCCGAGCCGCAGGUGGCCAGACCAGAGGGUCACAGGCUCGACCCGGCGGCGCACAAGGAUGCAGCUGCGGUCUGGUCGCUGAGCGCUCGCGAGGUGUCCUUUGUGGUCUUCUCGUUCUCCAAGAUCACGCCGCAGUUGCCAGAGUUCGCGUGCGUCUACGAGGCGGUAGGGCGCGGCGUGCUCGCUGGCGCUUGGAACUUCACCAGGCUGCAGGCUGGCUUGGUGGGUACCGCACUCGCGGACUCAGGCUGCUGCCUGGAGGACGCGCUGCCCGCGUUGCUCCGGCCCCGGCUUGCGGAGUUGGUGGCGGAGCGGGAGGGCGCCCACGAGAUGGUGGUAGACGAGCUGCGGUACCUCGUGCAUGCGUGUGCGAGCCUCCCGGAGCAUUCCCGCGUGGACGUCCACGAGGUGGAAGCGCUCGCCGCCCGCACCCGUGAGUUGGUCGUCUCCGCGAACUUUGCGAAGGCGGCGCAUCUGGUGGUCGGCUGGCUGCAGCUCGAGGUGCCCCUGGGUUCGAAGCGGGCGCACCUGGAGGCGCUGCGCUCGUGCUGCGACCAGCUCCACGGCCUGAAGCCGCACUACCCAGCACAUCCGCUGCCCUCCGGUGGCUUGGCGCCAGCGAUGGCGCAGCUCCUUGCCCGCGAGAAGGACUUGCAGGGACGAGGACCUCCGCUCACGCCCCCGGCGCUCCGGAGCCUGACGCACGCGCUGGUGGAAAUCAGUCGGGGCGCUCGCUGGGAAGCAGUGCGGCGCAGCAGGAGCCUGAGUUUCGACGACUGGGCCGAGAUCUCACAGCUUGUGGUCGGCUUCUGCGACGCCCACCGCGCGGAGGUGGCGGCCGACAACGCGCUGCGCGCCGAGGCUUCAGGGGGCCGGCCCCUGCCCGGGUGGGCCGCCGAAGCCCUUGGCCACACGUUCAGCGAGGCAUUCCAGCAGCCUGCUCCCGGGGGUGCCCCGCCUGAUCUUGGAGCGCUGCUCACGGCCCUGCGGCUCCUGCACCACUACCGGCCCUUCCCUGCGCCGAGCCAGGCCUUCUUCGCCUGGGCGGCCGCGCAGGUCACCGAGCACCACGGCCGCUCCACCGCGGAGGGCGGCGGGGGCGCGGCAGCCCUCGCCGAGGUGGUGGGCGAGCUGGUGCCUCGGCUGCCUGCCGCAGACAGGGGCCGCCUGGCCGCCCUGCUGCUCGGCGCUCGGCCGCGGGGCCGUCCGGCGGCAGUGGCGCUGGGCCUCCCCCCGCGCGCCUCAGACCUGACAGCUGCGACGGAGGGGGCGGAGCGCCCUCCGGCCUCUCCCAGGCCGCGGCUGCUGGCGGGCCCAGCGGCUGCCGCUCCCGAGCAGGUGCAGGCGUCGCCUGGGGCGCUCGGCGUCGUCCCGGCGGCCGCCCCUGGCGGCCACUCCUUGGGCGCGGUGCUCGCACCUGCUGCGGCAGCCCUCUCGGCCACCAGCUCUGGCCCAGGCGUGGGUGCUCGCGCUGGCGGCGGCGGCAGCGGCCUGUGGGGCCUUCUGCGGCCCGCCCGCCCCGAGGGCCCAGGAGCGGUCCUCGCAGUAGCCGCGGCUGCCGCCGCAGAGGCGGCCAGACCGCCCGCAACCGUCGCCAUCGACGCGGCCGCUGCGCGGCCCACGGUCUCGGCGCCGUCGGAGCACGCGCACGCCGAAGUCUCGCUGUCCGCGGAGGCUCCGCCGGCGCCCCAAGCUGUGGCAGGCAUGGCUGCCGCGCCGGGGGUGGCCGUGGCUCCCAGUGAGCCCACGGAAGGGUGCUCCCCGUCCGAAAUCGACGAGCUGAUGGAGAGCCUCACGAGCGCCCUGCACAGGGUCGAGGCCCUGGAGGCCCGGCUGCAGGAGCGCGAGGCCGCCGGCCGGGCGGCGGAGCUCCAGGCGGCCCAGGCUGCGGUGGAGGCGCCUCUGCCGGCGGCCGCGGCCGCGGCCGCGAGCCCGAGCAGGGCGCCGGUGCAGGGCAGCCGCCGCUGGCGUGUCGCCGACACCGCCCUCGCCGACGAGGUCAACGCGCAGGCGGCCGCGUUCCGCGGCUGGGUGCCCGGGGCGCUGCUGCAGCAGGCCGGGCCGGGCGCGGCGGCGGCCUCGGGGUCGUCUGCGCGGCGCAGGCCGGCGAGCGGUCCGGCGGUGGGUUGCGAGCGCAGGGCGUUCAGCUUCGAUGAGUUCCGGCAGACCAACUCGGCCCAGUUGCAGUCGGAGCGGCUGAGGGUGCUGGUGCCUCCGGAUUACUAUCCCAUCUUCCCCGCGGCCAAGAAGUGAUGGCGCCAGCUCGUUUCCUCUGCCGGCCAGCUCCGCGCCUCGAUGUUCCUGUAGUGCCGGACCGACCGGCCAGCUCAGACCGAGUCAGCACGUGCAGCGAUUUACGCCAUACUUUUUUAAAGUGGUGCUCUGCGAGUCCUCCCUUCUUCUCCCCCUGUUCGGUCCCGCUUGUCCUCCAUCGCGUACCAGAGUUUUGAGCAAAGCUCGAGCAACCCUCCUUCAGCGAGCUUUGCGAUGUAGCGAGACGGGCAACCUGCCUGUACGCUUCGUUCCAAGAGGCACCCCCGAGCUGCUGCGCCACCUGCGGCCGUCGGGUCGACGCAGCGAAAGGAUGCGGCUGUUUCUCGUCGUCUGCCUGCCGUCUUGGUCGGUGCGGGGGCAAUCGUGCCA